CAUUCCCUCCGCCCCCACACGCUCGCUUCACUCACCUUCAGCGCCGUCUGUCUUGCUCUGCCUCUCCGCGCCCGCAGCAGAGCAGAGCAGAGCAUGGCGCUCCCACGCCGCGCCCUCCUCGUCGCCGGACUCCUCGCCGCGGCGCUGCCGCUGCUCCUCGUUUGCCCGGCAGAGGCGGGGACUGUGGGCGUGAACUACGGCCGGGUGGCGAACAACCUGCCGAACCCGUCGGCGGUGGUGCAGCUGCUCAAGCAGCAGGGCAUCACGCAGGUGAAGCUCUACGACACCGACCCCACCGUGCUGCGCGCGCUGGCCAACACCGGCGUCAAGGUGGUGGUCGCGCUGCCCAACGAGCAGGUCGCCGCCGCGGCGUCCCGCGCCUCCUACGCGCUCCUCUGGGUGCGCCGGAACGUGGCGGCUUACUACCCGGCCACGCAGAUCCAGGGCAUCGCCGUCGGCAACGAGGUCUUCGCCACCGCCAAGAACGUCACGGCGCAGCUCGUCCCGGCCAUGGUCAACGUGCACGCCGCGCUGGCCAGGCUCGGCCUCGACAAGGCCGUCAAGGUGUCGUCCCCCGUCGCGCUCACUGCGCUCGCGAACUCGUACCCGUCCUCCGCGGGCGUGUUCCGGGAGGACCUCGCGCAGCCCGUGAUGAAGCCCAUGCUCGACUUCCUCGCGCAGACCGGCUCCUACCUCAUGGUCAAUGCCUACCCGUUCUUCGCCUACUCCGCCAAUGCGGGCGACAUCUCCCUCGACUACGCGCUGUUCCGCCCCAACGCCGGCGUGCAGGACGCCGGGAACGGCCUCAAGUACUACAGCCUCCUCGACGCCCAGCUCGACGCCGUGUUCGCGGCGGUGAAUAGGCUCGGGAACUACAAUGGCGUGCGCGUCGUGGUGUCCGAGACGGGGUGGCCGUCCAAGGGCGACGCCAGCGAGGUCGGCGCCUCGCCCGCCAACGCCGCCGCGUACAACGGCAACCUGGCGCGCCGAGUGCUCUCCGGCAACGCCGGCACGCCGCUCCGCCCCAACGCUGACAUGGACGUCUACCUCUUCGCGCUCUUCAACGAGAACCAGAAGCCCGGCCCGACAUCCGAACGGAACUACGGCGUGUUCUACCCGAACCAGCAGAAGGUGUACGACGUCGAGUUCGUGCUCGGCGCCGGCGGCGCGGCGGGCGGCGGCAGCCAGGGCAACGGCGGCCUCGGUUGGCAGGAGAACGGCGGGCCAAGCAGCGGCAGCGGCAGCACCAGCGGCAACCCGCCGAGCGGGGUGAAGGUCACGACUGGGGAGGCGUGGUGCGUGGCGAACGCGGCGGUCGGGGAGCAGCGGCUGCUGGCGGCGCUGAACUACGCCUGCGGCGAGGGCGGUGCGAACUGCAAGGACAUCCAGCCCGGCGCAGCGUGCUUCGAGCCCAACACCAUGGUGGCGCACGCCUCCUACGCCUUCAACGACUACUUCCAGCGCAAGGGCCGGACCAUCGGCACCUGCGACUUCGCCGGCGCCGCAUACGUCGUCAACCAGGCACCAAGUUCAGGGCUUCAGGCCUGCUAGUUGUACUAGCACAAGUGCAAUAAUGACUGCGAAGAGAUGGGGGCCUGUGUGGCUCGUAGCUCGGCGUGAUAUGACCCGUCCUGUGUCCAGUGUUCUUUCCGUCCUGGUUUCCUUCAUGGUGAUGCGUGCCGUGUCUGGAUGUCGCAGACCGCGUUGUGGCUGUCUGGCUGGAUUGCCACUUCCGGUGCCUUUUGCAUCGCCUACUCUGUACCCUACUGCAUUCUUUACUCCACUCAUUACGUAUCCUGAGCGUACGUGUCUCCUUGGACCAGUGGUCGUCUCAGGAGUCUUCAUGCUCACAUGAUGGGAUGGGAGAGCGAUAAUCUGCUGUUAGAUCAGAGAAUGUGCUGUUUUUUAAAGGUUGAUUGUGCUGUAACCUGCGAUCUCACUGGUGAUUUCUCUGCAUUGUUUACAGAGAUGGGCAAGUGCGACCUCCCAUCGACGGUCUGAAGAAACUCGAGCAAGCAGUGGCGAGGAUUCAAGGCCAGCAGCUAUCUCGAGGGCGAAAGUCUAGAGAGAGGAGAGGAUGUUGGAAUCUUUGCGCCCCUUUCAUCCUUUCUUUAUACUGCCGCUGUGCCUCUACUGCAGCUUUGACUCCUGCUGCAGCAAGCAAUGGUGCAGCGUAGUACGCCUUCUUUUUGCAGCCUUGGCUAAUGGGGGAUACCUUUGUUUAGUCUAUAUGUAACUAUGCUACUGUUAUAAGCUGAUUAGUAUAGAUUAAUUAAUUAAUGGCUUAGCCUUUGUUCCCAUGUGACCCA